AAUAACAAUAAUAUCAGUUUGUCUGACAAACAGAUUGAUCAAAAUGACUACAAAAUAAAUAUUGAUUGUGAGCAUAAAAAUGUUUGUACACUAUUUGGGUAUGGAUUAAGUGAAAUAAAGUGGUCAAACGUAAUAUUUCUGUUGAGCUUACAUAUUGUGGCCGUAUAUGGCUUUUAUUACGGCUCCACAACAGACGUAACGCUGGGAACAGUUAUAUAUCUCUGCGUUUUGUCCAUUUUCUCGGGUCUGGGAAUGUCUGUCGGAGGGCACAGACUAUGGGCUCAUAAAUCAUUCAAAGCUCGGUUUCCUCUGAAACUAUUGCUACUUAUACUGCAAACGACAACAUUGAACGGCAGUGCUCUGGCCUACGCUCGCGACCACCGGACACACCAUAAGUGGACAGAUCAGAAACAGGACCCCAAGAAUCCGAGUCGAGGCAUGUUUUACGCCCACAUCGGGUGGUGGCUAUUGAGGAAGAAGGAUAUCGUUAAACAUUAUGGUAACAAACUCUCCUUCGACGACCUCUACGCGGACUCACUCAUCACAUUUCAACACAAAUUUUACAUACCAUUAGCUAUAGUGUGUGGGUUAUUGGUGCCAACACUUAUACCCUGGUGUUUAUGGCGUGAACACCUGCUAACAGCUUUCCUAUUGUGCGGUCCAUUGCGCAUAUGUGUAACAUUGCAUCACUUAUUCACCGUUAACUCGUUGGCCCAUUACGUCGGUCGCCGGCCGUACGACCGGUCUAUGCGGCCGACAGAGAACCGACUCGUUAUAUACCUAUCACUGGGAGAGGGGAAC